GCCAUACGGGGCGAGUGGCCGAUUGAUUGAAUACCAAAGCGAAAAGUCCAGGCUCCCCGCAGGUCAGCGCUUGGUUGUCGUCUCUCAAGGACCUAACCGGCGAGGCGCUGGCACUCGAACCGAUGGCAAGGCACCGAUGGCCAAUGAGACAUCCUGCCAGUCUUGACCGCCAGGCGACGACUUUCAUCCUCCAUUGGAUUCGGUCGUAUCGCUGAUCGCUCGUCUUCUGUUCCCAAAUGACCAUCAUCCGUAAGUGGGACGCACGGCUUACUGUGGGAUGUUCUGACGUGGGCAUCAUCUGUAGAGGUUGACUGCAAGCUCCUUCUGAUGUUGUAUAAAAGCACACGUUGCGUGAAGGCCGGACGCCCUGCCCAAAUCCUUGGCGUAUUCUUCCGACAUGAUAGGGGCGAUCAGAAAUGAGCCUCAGAGCCUCCUCGUGAGUUGUACCAAUGACCGGGUAACGAGUGACACACUAGUGGGUGUCACUCUCGGGCACCUUUGGACUGCAGGGAUGAAUGACAGAGAUAAUGGGUGACCCGACAAUCACGCACGCCCAGGUGGAACGCUUCAGCUUUGAUGUAACGCUUCAAGAUUCAGCUGACAAUGAGUCUGCGCCCGAUUACGAGGUGGCCCGGAGAAUGACAGAGGCAUUUGGUCCACAACGUCAAGAGGUCAUAUAGUCUGACUCCAAGCCCUCGGAGUCGACCAUUCCAACGACAUCUCAGCAGACAUUCCAACGUACAAGAACUACAAGUGUAUACCUUGAGACAAUGCCAGAACCCAACCCCGAGCAUCAAUCCACCACAUCCUCGACAGAUUCGGGCCAUUCCGAAUCAACUGACGCCGCCACUGAACAAAAAGAGGAGAUGAGCAAAGGCCCUGAAUUGCCGGCAAUCCACGAGUACAGCAUACGAGGCAUUCUAGCGGCAGUCCAUGAUGAGGUGGACGACGACAUCAACGCAAUAUCUGAAAUCCUGGGGAGGAGCGGAACAGUUCUGACCGACCAACCUUCCGAAUCGAAUCGCUUACCUCCUCAGGCUGAGCAGGGGGUCACCAGGGUCGAGGGCCAACGCGUGAGAUUUUCCGCGGAGACGGCCACAGAAAAGGGGCACGUGAACGAAGAAGAAGAAGAAGAAGAAGAAGAAGAAGAUGAGGCAAGGCGGGCGGAAGAGGCAAAGAAAAAGUGA